GCACAAACUGUCAUGUGAUAGAAGGAGUUUUGGUAUAUGAACAGUAACUUAUAAAAAUGCUGAGGGCGAAAGGACUGUGGUUUUUUUGGUGGUAAAGAACUGAACAGUAGAAAGAAUGGUAGUCUUCAAAAUUAUUACACCCUCUGAACGAACGCAAGAUAAAACAGAAGUGACUCGAUGGGCUGUGAAGGACGAUUGGUGUGAACGGAUUUGGGAUGAGUUCAUCAAACUAUUGCAGAGGAUUUUCAACACAAAAUCUUCAAGAUUCUUCAUUUCAUGGUAUGACGGCACAGACUACUGCACUGUUCGAGAGUUCGCAGAUCUGUCACAGGCCGUAGAAUUCUUCACUGAGGAAGGUUCACAGGACAAAGCAAUACGGCUGUUUGUUUCACCAGAUACAACGGAACACAAAACUAUUUUUGGCGAAAAGCCCACUGAGGACAAGGAAGAGGAAGAGGUUGAAAAUGAUACUUGUGUAGUUGAAAGUUAUGAACUAUUGGAAACUCAAGAUAUACAAGAAACUGAAGAGGAACAAACCCCGGAGCAACCUACUCAGGCAGAAGAAGUGGAAGAAUGUCUGGCUAGAACCACGCUUGAUGAAGGUGGGGAUAGUAAUGAGGUACCUACACAAACACACAUGCCCGCUCCUGCUCCAGUGCCAACGCCAGCUUACCCAGCAAUGCCUAUGUACCCUUACAUGUAUACGAUGAACACAGUUGGUCAGCCAAUAAUGUAUCCUCAGUGGCCUGUGCCACCAGUUGUUCCACCACUAGCUCCAGUGCCUGUUCCUGCUGUGGCUCCCAUAGCUGAACCAGAACAGAACGAUCAAGAAACCAGCACAUUCAGCGGAGCAUCUGCACUACCACCGGUUCCGGCGUCCGCACAAGCGCCAGUGCCACUGCCGGAACCAGCGCCAGCACCAGCACCAGCACCAGAACCAGCGCCAGCUCCAAUGCCUGCACCAACGCCAAAGCCCAAAAAUGAUCCUGCUUACCCCACCAAAUUACCAGUCUGUCCAGGAGGGAAUAAGUCAAACUCAAAGACCAGUUAUGUGCGUAAGGCUUUGGUAAUCCUUCGCCAGCUGGGUUUCCAACAAGAUGACAGGACCUUGAAAAAGCUAAUCAAGCAACAUAAGGGUAACCUGAAUGCUAUUAUUGAUGCACUGUCGAGUAAUUGUUGACACGAAGUGAAAACAAAACGGUGAUUUGAAGUUAGUGACUGAUUUUAAUCACUGGACACUAUCUAACUUAGCUACUACGCAUCGUUCAUGUGGUAAAUCAUCUCAGCUUACCUCACAUUCAAAGCAUCCACCUGUUUAAUUGAUCGCUUAUGCAAACUUUAAUAUUUCCUCGGAAAUAAACUUUCUGGAAG